UGCUUGUUGUUGUGCAAUUCAUCAUGUGGUUUCCUCAGUAUAGUUUCAGACAGAUUGUGACAUGCCUCUGCAACAGAUUGAGCUGAGUUUCCCACUGACGUAUCAUCUGUUGGCAGGUGUUCAGAUAUGUGCUUGUGAACUUCAGAUCCCACAUCACUCCUCAGUAGAGAAUAAGGAACCAAGCCACAGACAUGACGGAGAGACGUGGAUUAUUUGCCAUGUGGAAAGAGCUGCUGCUGGGAUUGUGCGUGCUGCUGCUGCUGCUCACCUCUGCAGGUUUAGUCUUUCUGCUUGUUCAGCAGACAGAGCUGGUGAAGGAGAUGGUCAGGUUGGACACUCAGGUGCAGGAGCUGUCACAGAGCUGCAAACUGUCCACAGAACCUGGACAUGUGAAGACGCUUCACCGCAGCAGGCGAAACCAGGAUGGGGAACCGACACAAAGUGAGGAUCAGGCGGACAUGCUGAUGUUGAUGACAUACUCCAUGGUCCCUGUCAAAUCCCUCGCCGACCUGUGUAGCAACAACAAAGGAGCUUGUAUAACAGGUCCACCUGGACCACCCGGACCGCCAGGUUUGCCAGGUAGAGCAGGCUCACUGGGGCCGCAGGGUGUGCCAGGGCCGAAGGGGAAACGAGGAAGAAGAGGUCUCUCUGGCCCAAGGGGUCCACCAGGUCCGACUGGUUUACCUGGUCCAGUCUGUCCAGCCUGUUAUUGGACUGAAAUGAGAAACAAAACCAUCUGUGGGCAUCGUCAUCAACCCAACACGAAUUCAACUCCUCUCCCGACCAGAGCGGCUUUCACAGAAAACAGUACAAGAAUAAACAAGUCUGAAUCAACAACAUCACACGCAAUCACGUCAUAUGUUUCUGACUUGAGGAAACUUUUCAACACGACAGCGAAACCUGCAUCGGUAUCAUUUAAUCUGAACUACAGCAGCAACAACACCUUGAAUGAUACCAACACAGCGGCACCAGUAAAAUUAUCAACAGGUCGACAUAUUGACACCUUAAAUCAUGGCAGAGGAAAUGUCACCUAUACUCCAGUUACUAAUGAAUCAGUUUCUCUGCAUCCAGACAACAGAUACGACACCAACACAGGGAAUGUUACAGAGGCACCGGGAAAUCUGCUAACAGUGUUACCAACGCCACAUUCAACAGAUCAAGCCAGAGAUAGCUUUACUUUUAAUCCCUCGCAGAGACAGACAAACAAUGACAUGGAAACUGUGUCGUCUUAUAAACACUACAACCGUGUAAACGUCUCCAACACUGAGAACACUACAGGGACACCAACACAGUUAACAACAGUGUAUUCUACAGCUUCACCCAUUGUGGACCAAUUCAGAGAUGUCGUCACUGACAACAAAACCACAAUUGAUUUGGCUGUGCAACAUGAGUCGGAGUUAUUUCAUCAAAACAAAAGCCAUGACCGUUUCACUGAUACUACAAGUGAGAAUGUUACAGAGGCACCAGUGAACUUGACAACUUCAGUUUCUGCAGAAUUGACUCCAAGGAGCAACACUAGCAGUGGAAACAUUAUCAAUACAACUAUGGAAAGAGGUCUGCUGUCUGAAAACCAAACCAGUGACGCCUUCAAUGUUAGUGGGACCAUGAAUGAAAUACUCAUGCAAAGUGGCUCAAGGAACAACAAGCUAAAUUCAACUGAAUCACCAACACCAUAUUCACCUGACCACAUGAACGUUACUGAGCCUAUGAACUUCCUGAACACAACCAUGGAGCCUGUGUCAUUUUCUAAAGACCACAACAACAACAGCGUGAAUGUCUCCAACACCGAGAACAUUACAGAGACACCGACACGGUUAACAACAGCUCCACUCAUAGUGGACCGUAACAUGUACGCCAGCAGCGACAACAGAACCACUACCCAUUUACCCGUGAAACAUGCAGAAUCACCAACACCACAUCCACCUGACAACAUGAACGUCACUGACUCUGGGACCCUUCUGAACACUGACAUGGAGCCUGAGUCGGUGUCAUAUCAUCAAAACAACAGCCAUGACCAUUUGACUGAUACCACAAGUGAGGAUGUGACAGAGGCACCAGAGAACUUAUUGACAAGUAGGAUAAUCUCUUUUAAAUGAUGAUAGAGUAAUAGA